UCCCUGGGGAAUUUUUAGCACAUUUCAGACCUCAGUGUAGCGCCUUAACGUGUGUGACACUUGGCAGCGCUGAUUUCAGUGGAGUAGCCUCAGUGUGUUUACAACAGUUAUCGGAGGAGGGUGUGUUGCGGUGCUCGGGGCGUCCUCAUGUAUCUCGGCCCUGCCCUGCCUCCCUUCCCUCGUCGCCGGUGAUCAUAAUGGACACCAAGGACUACGACCAUGUCCGGAAUCUCACGCUGCUCUUCUUUCUGGACCGGCUCAUGGACAAGGGCCAGCCGCGCACCCUGCAUGACCUCAGCUGUCAGUUCGGCACCAAGGGCUUCACCAAGGACAUGCGGCAGAUCGCGGGCGGCUCGCAGUCCGGCCUCAGAAAGUUCCUGCAGCAGUACCCGUCGCUCUUCACGCUCGAGGACGACUACGUGAGCGUCACCAACUACAGCAACGGCAUCUCCAACCCGCACGACCCCACCGGGAAGCUCCUGGGGAAACGGGACUACCAGCAGGAGGCCGUCGAGUACUUCGUGGGGAAGCUCCGGCAGUAUGGGGCGGGGACCGAGGUGCCCAUUAAGUCCCUCCUGGGGCACCGCUCGCAGGCGUCCCCCGAGGUGCGCCACGUCUCGGGCCAGCACGUGAAGGAGUUCCGUGACUUUCUGGUGCGUUAUCCUGAUGUGUUCGUGGUUCGGGAGGAGACGGUGAUCCUGAAGGAGUACGAAGGAGCGGCGCCACAGCCCUUCAAGGAGCUGGAGGUGCCGCAGAUCGACCCGCUCCUCACCCAGCAGGUGUUGCAGUACUGUUCGGCGGCGCUGAUUCGCGGGCCGCUCAUCAUCGAGACGCUCUUCAACGGCCUGGCCAAUGCCUUCCCUAAGGACACGCUCUCGCAGCUGUGUCGGUGCAGCAGCGACCUCGCCACCUUCCUCAAGAUGCACUCCAACACCUUCUUCGUGCAGGCCAACAUGGUGCGCCUCGUCCACAACGCCGCGGCCCCCACCGCAACCACCUCAGCGCCCCCCACGCCCACCACUCCCAACACCCAGGCCCCGCAGCCCCUCUACUCCUCCUACAACGCUCAGCCGCCCCCCCAGCAGUACCAGCAGCAGAGCACACCUGUACAGCCACAGUACCAGCAACAGCACAUUCCCCAACGGAACAACAACAGCACCAUCGCCAACAACAACAUCAACACCUCGUCGCCGGACAGAGAGGAGCUGGUCAGGUCUCCCACGUCGCCAACGUCCCCGGUGAGGCAGCCGCCCCUGCAGCCUCCCGCACCGCCGCCCCAGCAACAGCAACAGACCCUCAAGGCGCGCGUGAACUCCCUGCUCCGGAAAACUUUAGCGGACAACAGUGAACGGGACCGCGUGAGCUACAGCGGCGGGGACAGCGGCGAGAACGUGACGGGGCGCCUGCUGCGGCACACGCGGGUGGUGGUGUCGGUGCGGGAGGCGCGCCAGCUGGUGAGCGCCAUUCUGGCCGCGCGCCAACCCGUCAGCUUCGACGGGGAGGGCGUCAACCUAGGCCCCUCGGGACCCAUGACGCUCCUUCAGGUGGGCCUCGUCUCGGGCCACAUCUAUAUCUUCGACGUGAUGGUGGAGCGGAGCCUCAUGUACGAAGGCGGCCUCAGGGAGCUUCUCGAGUCCACCGACAUCGUCAAGGUUGCCCACGACUGCCGGGGUGAUGCUGGCGCCCUCUACCACCAGUUCGGAGUCACUCUACGGCACGUCUUCGAUACCCAGGCGGCGCAUGCAGUGUUGCAGCAGCAGGAGACGGGCAAACCAGUGUACAAAGUGAAGAAUGUGUCCCUCAACACCCUCUGCCGCUCCUACAACGCCCCCGUCAACCCUCGCAAGGACCAGAUGAAGAAUGUGUACCGGCGGGACCAACGGUUUUGGGCGCGGCGGCCGCUCACCGAGGACAUGAUUAUCUAUGCUGCCUAUGAUGUGGUGGCGCUGGUGCCCACCGUCUACGAGGCCAUGAGGAAGCAGCUGGACCCAGCGUUAAUGCCCCUCUUUGAAGAGCUGUGCCGAGAGCAGGUGGAAGCCUUAAUACAGCCUGAGGAAGUCAAACAAAAGAAGAAGCAACGUAAAAUUGAGACAGAAGUGGCGGAGUUGAAGACCAAGUUAGCAACCACUCAGGCCAGAGCCAUUGUUCUUUCUAACCGGGAGAUCAGAUUACUUAGGUAUCUCGAGCUGAGCGAUGAAGAGCGAGAGAAGUUGGAAGGCUCUUACAAGGUUGCUAAGAAACUGGAGCGCCUGCAAAGUAAAAAAGAGAGGGACGAAUCUCCAGACAAAAACGGAGAAGAUGAGGAUGACAACAGUGAUGAUGAUGACGAUGACGACCGCGAGGGUGUCGAGGAUACCGAGUUCCCCAGCCUGAGCAGUGUUGGGUCUGGUGGCUCAGGGGGUUCUGGGGGCGGCCUGCUGUCCCCUCGCUGCAACGGUGAAGGCGAGGGUGACGGGUACGGCAGCUCCCCGUCCCUCACCACCAGCAUGAACAUGGUGGACCAGGUGCUGAGCAACGAGGCGAUGGACCGGCUGGAGAAGAUCGACCGUCUGGAGGCCAUCCUGGCGGCUGCCACUCAGGGCUCUGGGACGUCCUCGCCGGCAGCCCCCACCAGCAUCAGCCCUCCAGCCCCUUGCUGCUGCCCUUGCCAUGGUGCCACCCCUCCCAACUCCUUCCACCACACCACGCCACAAUACUCCCUUGGGACCGCCUCGCCACAGUCCACCGCCAGCAGGGCUGACGCUAGCUGCCAAACUCUUAGCACCGGCGACAUUGUGAUCACCAAAGUGUUCUUCCCAGAUAGUCCUGAUAAUGCAAAGGAAAAGAAGUGAUGUGUACAGCAAGAAUGGCUCCAUUAUAAAACACUUGCCCGUGCCACUAAUGGGCUGGGGCUGACAAAGAGGCCCCGUCAUGAAAGCCCAUCGGUGCAAUGGGCCAAAUGUGAAAAAAAAGUGUACAUAAUUUUGUAUAUUUUUAAUUAUUCUUGAGUGGUGGCGAUCACCAUGUGAUAGUUAGAAGGUGCCGUGUGCAGGCGCCUGUGAUAGCGGCCCCCGGGCUCACGCAGCUAGUUAGGGCACCCUGCCUGCCUCGGCUAUUUUUAGAAAGAGACCGGCAUCUUACACCUCGGCACUGGAAGUGCCUCGUCUUGUCUAAUACCUUUCACCAAUAAGUCUCCUAACCACCAGUACAGUGGUGUCAGACUAACUCAAGCUUUAAUGCCCAACACAAGUACAUUACCAAAGUUUUUAUCAUUUUUCCAGGUACUUAUUUUGCCAGAUAGCCUUUUUAAUCUAUUGUUAUUAGACAAUAUACAGUAAAUUCAGCUUACUUCUGUGCUGAAGUAUUGCUAGAGUUGGGAUGCUUAUAGGGUUGGGAACAUAUCAGUAUAUGCCUUCUUAGGUAUAUUAGGUUUAUUUUGACUAACUCAAUGGUAUUUCCUGUGAAAUACACUCUUCAUUGAGAGGAGCAGGUGAGGCCAGGUAAGGCUGACUUACCUGAUAAAUUAAGCCUUCACUGCUAACAAUAAUAAAUCUUUGUUGAGUUAA